UGAGACUGCUGGGGUUCGGUAGCGACCAUAGCGACGAACCUCGUUCGACCUCUCCCUCUUUUUCUCCAUCUCUCGUUUUGUCUGUAGGUCUCCAUCGCCUUUGAUUCACUAAUCCAAGCCAGCGGCAAAAUAGUUUCACCUGUGAUCUCUUCGCGCUUGUUUGGAUAGUUUGAUUUCUCAGUGGCGCUUGGCUGUCGAUAACAGUAAUAAUUUGCAGCUUAUUAAAUGAAAGUCAAUUGAUCGAGCUGGAGUGAAAUGCUAUUCUACGGUGCAAGAUUAGUUGCAUUCCUGCUGCCGCUGGUCAUCCUUUUGGGAUUAAGUGAAGCUGGUUCCAUGUACUACAAGAAGGUUGCCAGUCAAAAAUAUGAACCUGAUUGGGUGGCAGUGUCAUCAACCGUCAUUCCCCUUGCCGAAUAUCGUGUAAGCGUGGGCGCCGGCGAUGGACUUAAUGGCAAAGCUUCAGCAGCAUUGGUGCCGGACGAAUACAGACGUGCCUAUCUGCGACACAAAAAGUUGACAGCGGGUAAUAAGCUAAAACUACAAACUGGCAGGCAUGCGGCAGAGGCAGCGGCACAGGUUCGAGAAGAUCCCGAUACACUCAUAACUGCACAUAAGAAAUUCUACGAGAAGAAGCAGAGCGGAUAUUGAACACUUUUGAAUGAACAACUGACACAAUAUUAAAACACAAUAAAAUUAACGGUGUCACUAAUUAAAAGAUGUGUACUAACCAGUGUUGGGCACCGCUAAUUCGCUAACCGGCCAAUCGCGAAACGCUAAUUACACUUUAUAAUUUAUACUUAGACUAACCGAAUUAUUGCUGAUCCAUAAUUCCAAAUGUAGUACCGCGGUUUAUUUUAAAAUUAAUAAACUGUA